AUGCAAGAGGCACUCGUCUACUCACAGAUCUCCGCCACGCGCGUGCAUCAAGUCCUCAGCAUACUCGCGGGUCUGACAGGGACCCAGCCGGUGCCUCUAUGCGAGCAGACGCUGCUGUUCGCGCAGAACAAGCCUACGACAGCGGCCCCGACAGGCGCCGCGCGGACCAAAGCCCAGCAACUCCAGCGCGAGCAGCAGCAACAGGCGGCAAGACCACAUCAUCACAAGCUCUCCCGAGAUCUGCAUAGCGCGCCAUCGAAUGUAUCUGCGGUAGACGGCAAGGCUCACCUCGCCGCCGCCGCCGCCGCCGCCAGUCCGUGGAUCUUUCGCGCAGAGCAAGUCCCGGAGCCGGGCACGAAAGAAUGGCUCUCCCGCGCGGUCACGGAACAUGUCGCCACGGCCGAGGAAUUGACACGGUUCCGCUCCGUCCACGAAGACCCAAGCGACGGCGAAGCGAAACCUUCUCCCCCGGCAUAUUCCUACAAGACUCAGUAUAUCGUCCGCGGACACCGUGUCGUCCACGCCAAUGUCGUGAUCAGCAUCUUUCAGAUCCUGGUGGAAACGCUCCAGACCGCUGGGACCGACGGUGCGGCCCAAAAGGAGGACCCUCUAGAUCGCCCGCCGCCGUCCCCGGCCAGCCUGCCCUCGAGCGAAACAUCAGCCUCCCAGACGUCCUCCGAUUCUGCAAGCUGGCGACUCCUCGAUGCCAGCGGUGCGCACAUCGUCGAGGCGACCGUCCGCGUGGCCGAUCCCAGCAAUGCCCGAUUGACGGGCGUCGCCGUCGAGGAACUGGCGGCGUUCAAGGCGGAGAUGGCGGGCGCGGUGGAUUUCUACAUGCCUGAUCGGUUUGCACUCGAUACACGUGUCAAGGCGUAA